CAUCUAUCGUCUUCUUCGCGAGAUCGUAUUAGUCGGUGUCGGUGUCGGUGUCGGUGUCGGUGGUGACCUACACGAAGUAUAUCAAGCAAGCAGAAGCAGAAGCAGAGGACGGUUACUUUGAGCUCGAAACUUCAGCAGGAAACAAGGUAUUUAUCUUGUUUUCCAUAUUUGGGUCUCUACUGUUUGAGGUUCUCACACUGGCUCUGCUUAGAGAUAAAAUGGCUUAUAACACUAGGAGUCGUGCCAAUCCUAGGGAGUCCACCAGUUUCACCAAGGAAGAAAUUUCCGAUCUCUUAAACAAGAAAGUGGAAAUUAACAACAAAAUAAGUUUGAAGGUUAAAUGUGAGCAGCGCCUUGAUUACAUAGAACGAUUAAGGGUAGCUUUAAGGUGGUACUUAAAUAAAGAAAUUCGGGAUGAGAAGCUAAAAGUGUGCGAGGAACUAUUAGCUGAAGUGAAACUUGAGAUCCCUUCCGAGGAGGAGUCAAAUGAAGACAUGAGAAUAACGCCUGAAACAGAACAGAGAGCGCAAACUGAGUCUUAGUGAAGAGGAACCAUUCAGUUUCAGUCUUGGUUUUUGAUGCCACGGAGUUGCUGCGAAAAACAGUUGGCGAUGCCUUCUGAAUACUUGAAGCUGGAUUUGUUAAUACAAAUAGAUCUACCCUUCCUUUUAUUAAUUAAUACUGUUUUGAGAUGAUUUUAGAUAAUAUCUUCUGUUAAAAACUACUAAAUAUAA